AUGGCCUACACACCGUCUGGUUUGGUACGGUCUGUUGCCUCGCAACUCUCUGCCGAGCUCAAGAGGACUUACAGGAACGGUAGCUAUGGGCUUCACGAAAAGCUCAAACGCCAGCAGGAGAAAGGUUUCCUAUCCAAGGACUGCAGCAUCGAGAUUCGCAAGGAUAAAUCUGCAAUCGAGAAUUUUCUCGGCUUGAACAAGAUCAGCAUGGACAGUCGCAGACUUGCUCCUAUGUCGCCUCCGGAACAGCCAUUCAUGUCAUUCAUAGAGAGGGAGCUGGCGGCCUUCUUUUGGAAGAAAGAGUUGCUAAGGGUCAAACUCCAAGAUAUGGCCUCACCCGACUACCCUGACAUCGCUGCUAGCGGACUAUCACUCGCAGAUGUGACGAGUUAUAUUGGGACCAAGGAGCCAGGAUCCCUCAUCAAGCGCCUACUUUCGGAUGUCGCUAAAGAGGGUCUGACUAUACGCCAGCGGGGCAAAGCAGGACAUAGGGCUGAAGUGAAGCUGAUGUCCUCGGAGCAGAUCAAACAGCACAUCGAUCCCUUCUGCCAACCCCUAUUCGAUCCAGAAAGAAAGGCUAUGUCUUACGAGUCGGCUCGAUACAGGCGGCUACUCAACAACGCCUUGCCUCCUCGGAUUACCUCUACCAAGGGGAGUACAGAUUACUUUUUGGCGAAGAUCCGCAACGUCAUCAAGACUAAGGAGGACGCCGCACAGCUCUGGCCGGAAUGUAGGCCCGAGGACAUCAUAACUCUGGGUGUUGAUCUUGGUCAGGCAUGUGUUCUUGGUGCGAGCGCGUUGCUACCGGAGGCUGCUCGCCCAGUCAACGCCGGCUACGUGAGCUUUGUCGAGGUCCUUGAAAAAGUAGAGCAGCGGCUCGAUGGCUUCUACAAUGAUGACAACAUGCGCUUCAAAAGGCACAAGUGGAACGCCCGAAGGGCCCGGGAGGAAAAGAAAUCAACAAGGUCGUGA